GUAGCAUAGAGAGGGCUUGAGAACUACCGUACCCUUGCAGAGCCCUUCUUUUCCCUUCCGUCUAGCAGCCGUCCUUGCGCUUCUUCGCAGCAUUUCAGCGGUAGUUAGUCAAUCAUAGACAGGACACUCAGCAUACGAAAAGGUAGACGAAGGAAUGUCAGAGCCGGUGAACGUCCUCUGGGGCGAGGAAGCAUCCCUAUCUUCAGCUUUAGACGACGCACUCUUCACGCCAACAAUCGGUGCGGAAACGUCAGCAAAACACCACCACCACCACCACAAGCAUCACCAUGGGGGGCACCAUAAGCAUGAUCAGCAGAAGCAGAAUGAGCGUGGGAAUAAUGAUACCCACCACCACCACCACCAUCACAACAAACCAGACAAGGGAGGAAAACGGAGAAGCGGGGAAGCUUUGCCGACGGUGGAUGUCCCCAUCUCGAGCAUCCCAGCCUACCCCUCCCCGCCGCCUGUCAUCACAGUCAACAACACCCAUUCGCAUUUCGCAGUGACCGGUGGUAGCGGCGGGGAGACAGAGGACUCGGCAUGGCAUGUCUACGCUGUAAGGCCGUUCAGGCAUUUGUUUAGUCGCAAGUGUCCCGAGAUACCUUCACUCGAGUCAGAGGGUGGGGUGGAUGGGGGAGAAGGGAUAACGAGACGUCGACCGGCGAGGUUACGAAGAGUGUGCUUGUUGGAGGAGACGAACGUGGCUGUUGUGCAGCUGGGCGAUCAUCGGGUUGCGGUAUGGGAUGAUAAGGAGGGGCGGUUUGUGUGGGAGGUGCAGUGUAGGGAGUGUGUGAGGAAUGUUGGGGUUACGAGGGAUUGCGUGAUAAUAGUCCUAACAAACAAGAUCGUAGUCUACACCCUAACCCCGCCACCCACAAAACUUCACACCUUCCAAACCUGCCCCAACCCGGACGGCAUCUUCGCCCUCUCCCCAGCCCCACAGCUCUCCCCCCAAUCCCACUCCCUAGCAAACACAACCCUCGCCUUCCCCGCCCGCCACCCCGGCCAAGCCCACCACACAACCCUCCACCCGACAACCGCCCGCACCUCUAUCAUCCCCGCCCACUCCACCCCAAUCUCCUGCCUCGCUCUCUCCCCCAGCGGCUCCCUUCUCGCAACCGCCAGCGAAAAGGGAACGCUGAUCCGAGUCUUCCGCGUCCCCGGCGAACCAGAGACACAGCAUACACCCUUGCUAUUGCAUGAACUACGAAGAGGAGUGGAUCAGGCACGGAUAUGGACGAUCGCGUUUAGUGCGAGGGAGACGGCCGUUUGUGUCGCGAGUGAUAAACAGACUGUGCAUGUUUUCCAACUCACUGCUGGGAGUACGAGUGAUCAACAACAGCACGAGAUGGAAUACACACCGACCCACCCAACCACAACCAAACCCAUGCAAAUGCCCAUAAAAGUCACCUUCCCCCACCAUCGUACGAACGAAUCCUCACCCUCCACAUCAACAGGCGGGUCAUGGAAGACCGCCCAGUCCGCAUCCCCACCCCAUCCCGCCCAAACACACAUACACACCCAUGGGCAUCACGCCGACGCAUCCUCGAAACGACAACAGGCAACGUCGACAUCGUUGCUGGCCCCGCUCUCCCCCUACCUCCCGAAAUACUUCUCCGAGCAUCGCUCCUUCGCCCAGUUCCAUCUGCCCGGUGACACCACGAAUUGCUGCGUCGUUGCCGGGUUCGUCGAACCAAAAUCAUCCCCCGGUGAUGGUACCACGACCGCAGACCACCACAACGACCACCACGACCACCACCACCGCCGCGAAACGGUCGCGGUGGUCUCGGAUAACGGCACCCUGUCCCUGUUCUCGUACGAUGUGGCCAAGGGAGGCCUGGCGCGACGGGAGGGGUUCUGGCGGUUUUGGAAACGUGGGGCAACCCACUCGAAUGGCGGUGGGGAAGGAGGGACGGGCGCGAUGGGGGCCAUGUAUCCCCAGCGGGUUGAUUCAGCUGGCGGGGGGCAGCGGAACCCCGAGGGACAUCAUCCGGCGCGGAAUGAGACCCCGGCGAUACAUACGCCGGGUGAGCAUUCGCAUUCGCAUUCACAUUCAGCACGGCCGUCCGCUUCCGCCCCACCUACACCCUCCACCUCUGCACCAUCCCGCCCCACCACAACCACGAAAAUCACCCCCGCACACCGCCUAGCACAUCCCCACCCCGCGCAACCCCACCAAACACCGCCAAUACCAUACCCCGCCGACUCCUCCUCCUCAGACUCGGACGACGAUUUCGACCUGUACGCCGAAGUCGCCGUCGAAGCCGCCGCCGCGAAACGGGGUCAUGGUGGUGCCGGCGCGGGCGGGAGUGGGAGUGGGGGUGGGGCUAGUGCGGGCGGGACGGCGGCGGGGUGGGAGGAUCUUGAUGGGGAUUUUUGAGAUGGGGCGGUUGUGAGAGGGGGCAUUGAUCUCCUUUUUUUUUUUGUACAUUUACACCCAAGUUCUCGGGGAUGAGCGGUUUUGCCAGUUUUUUGAAUUGUCGAUUCUAGACGUACAGUACAUUCCUCCAAGAACCCAAAUGUGAUAUUGCCGCUUUGACUUACAAAUCGGACGUCCGGAAUCGCUGCUGAAAUUUAUUCCAUCUACCUCGCACAGUGAAUGUUCCUGCCUUAGGAAACAUGGAAACAAAAU